UAUUGCAUUUUUUAUUUAUUGUACAAUGAACAGACUGCAAAUACAAUCAGAUUACUCUUAAAUACUUCUUUUGGGUAUACAUGUUUUAGGGCCUAAUUUAAUUGGUAUCCUUAGCAUCUCUGUCGUAACUCCAGACAAACUAUUGGGAAACUUGUUGUGGCAGAGUCAAACUUUUUACUUCAUGUAACCCCACUACGUAAUCUGCACGGUGGUCUAACCAAUAUGUUUCAUGCAAAUAUGGACUGCAUAGGUUUGAUCCAAAGUCUUCAAAAUCAGCCCCAGCCCCCACCCCAAGGCGCUCUCCCUGCUCCGCCUCACCACCACCAUCCUGGCCGAGAAGUUUUCCCUGUUUCUUCAGGAGACUUUCUCCUCCUCCAUCUCCAUCCACCGCUUCGCUUCUUUUCACUCCUCAUUUGAGCAACAAAGCACAUCCGGCCAUGGGGUUUGCACCUCUCCUGUUUGCCUCGUUGAUGUCGCUCGCCGGUGUGUGCUCCGGAGGCUCGGACGCGCCCCGGGGCGUCGCGGUCGGCUUCGUCUUUGACCUGAAAGCGAAGUGCGAGCCGCCGUGCGAACACGCCGGAGUCUGCAUCCGCAACAACACAUGCUUCUGCUCCCGGGGCUACGAAGGAGAGACCUGCCAGUAUGCCAACUGUUAUCCCAAAUGUAAAAAUGGAGGAGUGUGUCUUCGCCCUGGAAAAUGCAGAUGUCCUCCUGGAUUUGGAGGAAGAUACUGUCACAAAGUGAUGUGUGAUGGGGGAUGUUGGAACGGAGGAGAAUGCACCGCUGUCAACGGCGUGGCCAAGUGCAUCUGCCCUUCAAGCUGGGCCGGAUCAAAAUGCCAAGAGGCAAUUUGUCCCCAGGGCUGCAGGAAUGGAGGUCUGUGUGUGGCUCCAGGAAUCUGCAGCUGUGUGGAGGGAUGGUUGGGUGGUGCCUGCCAUACGGCUGUAUGCAGUCAGCCCUGCUUGCAUGGAGGGAAGUGCAUUUCUCCCAACAAAUGUCGCUGUCGACCUCCUUUCUCUGGACCUCGCUGCGAGGAGAGGAAAAAGUCCCACUAGUGCACCCAAGAAUCAAACAAGGUUGUGGGGUGAUUACGUUUUUAUACCUGGAACGUAGUUAGUUUUACAGCAACUGUGUGGAAAAGAUGGAUGUAGCCACUAUGAUGUCACCCUUAAAGUUAGUAAAGACCCGUCUUGGGAGUUUUAAAAACAGGCUGGAAACACCAUGAAAUGUACCCUCUUUCUCACCUAUUUUACUGUAAAUGUGAACAUAACUUGCAAAUUUAACAUCAUGCUGUAGUCAAUAAAUGUUUUUUCUAUAGACUUAUAUACAGUCAGACUGUGGGAUUGGUGGUCUCAGUGAUCUCUUUUAAAAAGCAGCUAAGAAGUCAUCUUUUCAAACUUCCUUUUGGGUAGCAUUUAUGUCUUUAUUUCUAGUAUUUUGUUGUGAAGCACUUUGUAAUGUUUAUCUUGAAAGUGCUAUAUAUAAAAACAAUUUUACUUUAACUUACUUUUUUGCAACCAGUUGGCCCCUGCUGUUCAUUAGAAAUGAGGCUGGUUUAAGGUACUUCAGCAGUGGUUUCACAUUUCAGACAAAACAUUCAUCCCUCUUUUUAUAUAAAGUGUACCGUUUUAGCUUGUUUUUAACAUUUGCUAUAUAAUUUUUAAAUAUUGAAUGUGUUUUAUGUUGUCUAAACACACAAUAUACUGUAAUUUGUCAUUAAAUGAAGAAAAAAUGUUAUGCAUUGUUGAAGCUCAUUAAAAAAAAAAGAGAGA